ACUAACUUCGCGAAGCGAAAAAGGAGAGAAGAGGAGAGAGAGAACGAGAGAAGUCUAGAGAGAGAGAGAGAGAGAGAGAGGAGGAGGAGGAGGAAGAAGAGUAAAGCAGCGCGAGCGGCGAGGCCCGCCGCGGUUUGCUUGUUGCGGGAUUCGCCGCCGUAUUACGCCGAGUUGGUGGGUUUGAUCGAGGAGGAGGAGGAGAUGGUGGUGCGGCAGGCGGUGGCGAUGGAGAUACCGGUGGAGGAGGGGGCGGCGGCGUCGUCGGCGGCGGCGGCGGGGAGGGGGAGGAUGCCGCUGAGGAUCAGGAGGAGGCUGAUGGAGGGGAGCCGAGGCGGCGGGGCCCCCGCGAGCGCGGAGGAGAUCGAGGCCAAGCUGAAGGAGGCGGAGCUGCGGAGGCAGCAAUUCCAUGAAUGGGUGUCCUGCAAAGCGAGGAAGAAGCCACGGAGCCCAUCAUGGUCUUCACAAGAGGAAGAUCAAGGUCAGCGCCUCGAAGCAAAGCUUCAGGCAGCUGAGCAGAAAAGGUUAAGCCUCUUGGCAAAGGCGCAGAACAGGCUAGCCAAGUUGGAUGAACUCCGACAAGCAGCGAAGAAUGUUGUGGAAAUGCGAAUUGAGAAGGAAAGGGAAGAACUUGAGACUAGAGUAGAGUCUCGUGUUCGGAAGGCAGAGGCGAACCGCAUGCGCCUUUUGCACAUACAUAUGCAGCGACGGGCUGCGUUGAAGGAGAGAACGGCCAGGUCCCUUGUGCGGAAAGCCACAUCAGAGAGGAAAUACACAGAGCUAGUGAGGUCUUCAAUCUUACAGAAGCGUGCUGCUGCGGAAAAGAAGCGGAUGGCAUUAUUGGAAGCUGACAAGAGAAAAGCUCAAGCCAGGAUUUUGCACAUCCAACGAGCUGCCAAGACUGUGUGCAGCCAGAGAGAAACAGAAAGGAGGAAAUUGAAAGAACAGCUGGAAAGCAAGCUUCAGAGGGCGAAGAGACAGAGAGCUGAGUAUUUGAAGCAGCGGGGAAGUCCCCGUAAUUCUGUCCAUGCUGAUUACAUCAAGCAUGCAGAUUUUCUUUCAACAAAGCUUGCAAGAUGCUGGAGAAGAUUUGUGAAGUCUAACAAGACAACAUAUGCACUGGUUCAAGCUUAUGAUGCCUUGGGGAUUAACGACAAAUCUGUCAAAUCAAUGCCAUUUGACAAAUUAGUUAUUUUAAUGCAAUCUCCAACAAACAUUCAGACCACCAAGGCAGUGCUUGACCGCUUCGAGAAACGUUUGCUUCUUUCUGAGUUAGCAGGUUCAUCAUCAGCUGAGAACAUUGACCACCUGCUGAAACGCCUCGAAUCUCCAAAGAGGAAGGUACCUCCUAGCAGGACUAGGGUAGCUUCCAAAAAGCCAGCAAGGAGUUCUGACUCUUCUGGGACAAGUAGAUUGUCUAGAUACUCACCGAGGGUAGUCCUUUGUUCUUAUAUGAUACUGGCUCAUCCAAGUGCCGUGUUAAGUGGACAAGGUGAGAAGGAGAAGCUACUUAUGGAGUCAGCAGAAAAGUUUAUCAAAGAGUUUGACACGUUGGUUAAGACAGUACUUGAUGGAGGUGGCUCAAGGCAGUCAACCAAUACUUAUACCGCUGAAUCAUCUUCAGACACUGCUGGUCAGAGAAAAUUCAGGAAUCAGUUGGUGAAUUUUGAUAAAGCAUGGUGCGCUUAUCUUUACCGCUUUGUGGUGUGGAAACUAAAGGAUGCAAAGUCAUUGGAGGAGGAUCUUGUUAGGGCUGCAUGCAAGCUUGAACUAUCAAUGAUGCAAACAUGCAAGUUAACUUCAAAUGGGCAGUCACAUAACCUUUCUCAUGAUAUGAAGGCCAUUCAGAAACAGGUUACUGAUGACCAAAAGCUCUUAAGAGAGAAGGUUCAGCACCUGAGUGGUGAUGCAGGAAUUGAGAGGAUGAAUUCUGCUCUUUUGGAUACAAGGUCAAAGUUCUUCGAAGCGAAGGAGAACGGAAAUCCAUUGGCAACGCCUGUUGCAAACAUAUCUACACCUUUGAGCAUUAAUUCAUCUGGGCAUGUCCCGCCUGCUUCCAAGCCUACUUUGGAAGGAUCAAAUUUCACUGCUGAAACUUCGCCUGUAGCUUCUUCAUCAAGCAGUACAUCCCCAAUGAAACUGCCAACAGACAAUGAGCAAAUGGUCAAUGAGAUGCUUCAUGAGGAUGGUUCCUUUGCUGGCAACUCUGAUCAUAUCAGUGCCGCAGAGAAGGAUUUCCAGGCCAAAGUGAAAGCAACGAUGGAGAAAGCCUUUUGGGAUGUGGUUACAGAUUCAAUGAGAGGGGACAAACCUGACUAUACACAUCUAAUCAACCUCGUAAGAGAAGUCAGGGAUUCAUUACACGAGUUGGCUUCCAAGGGCUUGAAGGAGGAAAUUCUUGAGAACAUUGACAUCGAAAUUCUGUCUCAGGUGCUCGAGGCAGGCUCUCUGGACAUGCGAUAUCUGGGGCAGAUUUUGCACUACUCAUUGGAUAUGGUCCGGAAGCUUUCUGCUCCUGCAAAGGAGGAUGACAUGAAGAAAAGUCAUGAGAAGCUAUUAAACGAGUUAGCUGCAAGUUCUGAAGGUACUGAUAAUGGCACGAACUCCUUUGUCAUUGCCGUCAUCAGGGGCCUGCGUUUCACUCUAGAAGAAAUAAAGCAACUGCAAACUGAAGUUAGCAAGGCACGCAUCCAGCUCAUGCAACCGAUUAUAAAAGGAUCUGCUGGAGUGGAGUACCUGCAGAAGGCUUUCGCCGAUCGCUAUGGACCUCCUCUUGAUACAUCAGCAUCUCUUCCUAUAACUAAGCAGUGGAUUUCGGCAACGAAGAACAUUAUGGAACAAGAGUGGAGUGAACAUUUGGAUGCUCUUGAAGUUUUGCCAGCUGGAGAUAAUGCUCAACGCCUUGUUACGGUACUCCGGGCUGGUCACGGUGCUCCAGGGACACAAACAUCUUUGUCUGCAGCAAGCAGUUCUGAUCUACCAGAAUGCAAGGGGGAGAAGUUCGACAAGAUGAUAAGAGUUGGGUUGCUACAGCUCGUUAGCGGCAUGGAGGGCCUACAGAUGCAGUCGACUCCGGAGAGCCUCCAGCUCAAUCUGGUCAGACUGAGGGCCGUGCAAGAGCAGUUUCAGAAAGUGAUUGUGAUCGCGACGAGCAUGCUUGUCCUGCGUCAGGCUCUGAUGAGCAAGAACUCGAAGAUCACUCCUCCAGAACUAGAGAACACCAUCUCAGAACUGUUCGACGCUCUCGUGAAGCUGCUCGACCACAACCCUGAGGCCGGCACCAGCGAAAUCGCCGAGGCGAUGGCGAGCUCACUGGCAUCGGCCGGCUCGUUGCCGGACGAACAGCAGAUUCAGGCCACGAAGGAGCUGGCAACCAAGAUGCUCCUGAAGAGCCUCCAGGCCGGCGACACCGUCUUCGGCAAGGUCUCCCAGGCGGUGUACUGCGCCUUCCGUGCCGUCGUCCUCGGCGGCGGCGGCGCCAGGGGCCGGAAGCUGGCUGAAGCGCCGCUGCGGCGCGUCGGCGCGGCGAGGCUCGCCGGCAGGGUGGUGGAAGCCGGCGAGGCGCUGAUCAAGGUGGCGACGGUGUCGGAGAAGGUACAUGGUCCGUGGUACAACGCGCUUGCCUGAAUGUGAAUAGUGUUCAAGAAAAAAAAAAGAUGAGAUCUUGGGACGUUGGGUCAUUUUGUGCAUACACACGGUGGAUUGUAAAUUCUUGUCCUACCGGGGUGAGGUAGGAAAAAUAUUGGGGCAUUGUACAGCAGCAAAUUAUAGGUGCUGAUGAUGAUGAUCAGUAGGCUAAUUUUCAGGGCGUGAAGAUAAUUUAAUUCUGGGUGCAGGGCAAAUAUGGUGUCCCUCUCGCCAGAAUUUAGUCAGGAGGGUGUUGGUAGGUGCUCAACUGCACCUUGGGUGUCGUGUUUGCUUUUAGAACUGGAAAUAAUGUGAAUAUUUGAAUAUUGUGAUGUAAA